AUGGUUGCAAAUGACCCAACCGAUGCCUAUAAGACAGCUUUCAAAACACAUCUAAAAAUAUUACCUGAUUUAGCAGCGAAAGACCUAUUGCCCAUCGAGAUUCUAGACUUCGAUUUUCUAAUCACGAAGGAUAGGAUGACAGCUACGAGGACUUCCUCAACCCUAAGACCGAGCUCCGCACCCGGCCUAUCGUGGACCACGACGUACGAAGCUCAAGGCCAUCAUGUCACCCAGUCCAGUAGGGGCGGUUUCUUAAGAAUGGUUAAGGCGUUCCAGCAUAGGCAGCCGGCUGCGUUAUUCAUGAAGCAGAGCUGGGACUUAGAUAUAAUUGUCGAUGCUCUUUCCGCAUAUACUUUCACUUUAUACGUGAUAGCAGUAACGAGACUAAAGAGUGCAGAAUACGGCACCAUUAGUCUGCCGACACGGAGUUACGAGCAAUUGAUCUACGGAGCUCAGGGAUAA